ACCAAAACAUGAUGCAUAUACAUCGCCACCACCUUAUAUAUAUAACAAACACUUGUGUGGUAAAUGUCUUCAAAAACACUUUAAAGGUAUUAUAAUUGGAUUGUUUAGCUGGUGGUGAUGAUGAGAACACCAAGCAGUGAUGAGAGUGGGUUGAAGAAGGGGCCAUGGAGCCCAGAAGAGGAUAAAAUAUUAGUGGAUUACAUUCAGAAGCAUGGCCAUGGGAGUUGGAGAGCCCUUCCAAAGCUUGCAGGAUUGAACAGAUGUGGAAAGAGUUGCAGACUAAGGUGGACUAAUUACCUCAGACCUGAUAUCAAAAGAGGCAAAUUCUCUGAUCAAGAAGAGCAACUCAUCAUCAAUUUGCAUGCAGUUCUUGGAAAUAAGUGGGCAGCUAUAGCAUCUCAUCUGCCAGGAAGAACUGAUAAUGAAAUUAAGAAUUUGUGGAACACACAUUUAAGGAAAAAGCUAUUGCAAAUGGGGUUAGACCCAGUCACUCACCGUCCAAGAACCGAUCACCUCAACCUUCUUACAAAUCUGCAACAGAUUUUGGCAGCUGCAAAAAUUGUGAGCACUUUGACAAACCCUUCUGACAUAAACAAUGUUCUAAGGCUACACUCAGAUGCCAAAUUCCAGUUACUGCAAAACAUGUUUCAACUCACUCCUUCCUCAAACUCUUUUCUACCAUUAAACUCACUCACAGAUGGUUUUAUGAAUCACUGUAAUAAUGAUCUCCCAAACCUACUUCAUGAUGGUAAUUCAGUUUCUGAAAUUCACCCCAGUUUCCAAAACUUUGAGGCCCUUCACCACCCAACACAAGAAAAUUCUCUUCCAAAUCUGGUUUCUGCCUCGCCUGAACGUUCCCCAUUGAAGGAAGCAGAAAAUGUUAAUGCAAACUCAAAGGAGUGUUCUAAUCCUUCUUCUACCACCUUUGAGUUGGCUUGGGGAGAUUUCAUGGAUGAAGAUGCAACAGAGAAUUAUUGGAAAGGUUUCAUAGACCAACAUUGUAACCAGACAUGGUCAACAGUCCAAUGAAAAAGAUGCAUGGCAUAGAAAGUUUUCACAGAAAUAAUGGGAUUUAUUCGCCGAUCCAUGUAUCCAUAAACAUAUACUAUCAUUAAUUUAGUUAAGGUUGCUUUGUGUGUAUUAUUUGACAAAUGGAUCAAUUGAUCGAUUCCAGAUAAAAAUAUAGAAAAGCUUAUGCAUUGUAUAUUAUAAUGUACAACAUGGAGAUUCAUCAUUAAAAUCAUACACUAGAGUGUGAUGUGUU